AGUCACGUGCGGGUUAAGGUGGGGAGGCCGUCGGCGGUAUUGAGGAGUAACCUGUCUGGUCGUUGCUUUGCUGUUAGGCUACCCGUUUGUCGUUAGUCGCCAUGCCGCGGUUUGGAGCCUCUCAUCUCGUUGUGCUGCUUGUUGCCGCAAUUUCAGUUGCUCAAGCAGUCAAGAUUGAGGUCCAUGGCCAGGAUAACAAAACCUGUAUAUAUGCUGUAUUGUCUGUCAACUUUACUGUUCUUUAUGAAGGAAAUGGGACAAUGGAAAAUGCAACUUUCCAGUUGCCAGAUUCAUUAUCAUCCAAUGGAAGCACAUGUGGUGGUAACAAUUCAGCUCCCUUGUUGAACAUGGGCUUUGGGACUGGUCACUCCUUGAGCUUAAACUUCUCUCAUACUGACAGCAAAUUUAGUGGUGAUGUACUGACUUUCACUUAUAACACCAGUGAUGCAAAACUCUUUCCUGGAGCAAAAAACAAAAGUGUAAAACAUGUGGCUGUGAAUUCCCUAAUGGAAUCUGUACCCCUGAACACAAUCUACACAUGCAGAAGUGUUAAAGCUAUUGCAAGUGAAGCGGUUGUCAUGGUUUUUUGGCAUGUUGGCAUUCAAGCUUUUGUGGAGAAUGGAACAAUUAGCAAAAAUGAAUCCUUCUGUAAAGCAGAUGUAUCAACCACUGUCACACCAGUUACAACACAGACAACUUCCACUGUGACCCCCAUCCCAACUAAGCCACCUCCAGAUCUGCCAGCAGUGGGCAACUACACCGUUAAGAAUGGAAGUGAUCCUUGCCUCCUUGCUAAUAUGGGACUACAACUAAAUAUUACCAACACAGAAAAUCAGACACGUGUAAUUAAUAUAAAUUCCAAUUCUACUGCCAGUGGACGUUGUGGGGAUAAACAUUCCGUCCUCCUCCUAGAAGAUACAGAUGCAACUAUUCAGUUUCAUUUCUUUGUGGAACAAUCCAAAUUCUUCUUGAAGGAGGUGCAGGCUAAUGUAAGCUUGCUUGUAAAUGGUUCAACAACUACACUUAACAGCAGCAAUGGCAAUCUGAAGUUUUGGCAGGCAUUUGUUGGAAGUUCAUACAUCUGUCGCAAUGAACAGAGGCUAGUUGUGACUGACAAGUUGGCUAUUAAUACAUUUAAUGUGUGGCUCCAACCAUUUGAGGUUAAGAAUGGAACCUUUUCCAGAGCUGAAGAGUGUUCUCUGGAUGAUGACAGCAUCCUUAUCCCUAUUAUAGUUGGUGCUGCUCUGGCUGGCUUAAUUGUGAUUGUUGUGAUUGCUUAUGUGAUCGGUAGAAGAAGAAGCUAUGCUGGAUACCAAACACUCUAAUGAUUUUGAUUCUCCAAAUCUUAAGACAUGAUUUUUUGCUGUUUACUGUAGUAGGUGCAAGUCCUUGCCUCAAUUCCCACUUCAAUUGCACUAGAUUUUUGCUAAGUCUUGGGGCUAGUGAACUUGCAUCCAUGCUUGACACAUGAAAUGUUCAUGUAAUGCUGGCAGAUAAUCUUUCAUUGUGGCAUUUCUGCCAGGCAGUGUUCUGCAGAAGGUGACUUUUAAAUUGGUAAGCUUGUCUGUGAUCCGCAAAAUUAACUCUUGCUAAUUUGCCAGCACUACUACCAGCAUUUCCAACAAUAACUUGAUGAAUUUCAAAUCUGAAACUGAACAUAUUUACCAAGAUCUCCUGUAGCUUGUUUGGAUGUACUGUGGAAAUUGUACAAAUGUGAAUAGUUUGUGUAUAUGUUUGACCUGUUUCAUAAGGAAAAUGGGUGCCUUGGAAUGUAGAAAGAAUGUUCUCCAAUUUGCAUAAUGUACAUUCUAAUUGGCACAUGCAAAUAUUAUCUAAUGUUGACCACUGACUUUCUAAUUUGGAGAUCUGGAGUCCUUCACACUGCACUCUAGACACUGGAAGUUUUGAAUGUUGACUUUUAUCUUGGAAAUUUAUAGCUUUGACAAGUUUCUUUAUUCCUGUGCCUCAUUUGUAUGUAAAGUUUAACUUUGCUUUAUAAUAAAAAAUCUUCAUGUAA